CAGUUUCAGUACCACUUUGUCCGUUCGCGAUUGCGUGCUCCGUACGUAGUCUUCUCUCCGGCGGAACAGCAACACCACCACCACGCCAACAGCUGAUCGGAUCCGGACAAAAGAAGAACGUGCCGAGCAAGAGUGUGUCCAAAAGAACCACUGCUUUCGAAUAUCAGCUUUAAGCAACCACGACGACUGCCCCCAAAGGAACAGAGUGUUAUCCAGCCAGCAACUCAACGGCACCACCGAGCAGCCCGUCGCUGCCACAGCAGCACCGCCCACUAGCACCGCCUGUUCCAGCUGCGAGUAGCACCUCUUUCCAGCACUUUCCACCCACUAGAUGGAUCUGAAGCACAGUGCGGGUGGAGCUGGCGAGAACAGCGAGACCUUCAUUGCCACCAGCAAGUCCACAGACAUGAUCACGCCCAAGGAGAAGGAGGGCAAGGGGGUCAAGGCGGCGGGUGGCCAUAACCCUCCAGCCGAAGGGUACAAAGUCUACGCCCGACGCUGGGCGGUGCUCAUCCUCUUUGUGUUCUACUCAUCCUCGAAUGCCAUGCAGUGGAUACAAUACACCAUCAUCAACAACAUAAUAACCCGCUACUAUGGCAUCAGCGACAAGUGGGUGGACUGGACGUCCAUGAUUUAUAUGAUCCUGUACAUACCGCUCAUAUUCCCCGGCAGUUGGUUUUUGGAUAAAGUGGGUCUUCGCAUCACGGCCCUCGUUGGAAUCGUGGGCACUUGUGUGGGUGCCUGGAUCAAGGUUUUCUCGGUGGACCCGUCGCUCUUCUACGUCAGCUUCAUCGGCCAGUCGAUCGUGGCCCUGGCCCAGGUGUGCAUCCUGUCGCUUCCUGCGCGCCUGGCUGCGGUGUGGUUCGGUCCGGACCAGGUGUCCUCGGCCACCAGCGUGGGAGUCUUUGGUAACCAGCUGGGCGUGGCCGUGGGCUUCGUGCUGCCACCCAUGCUGGUGCCCAAUUCACCGGAUCUGGAGACGGUGGGCAGUGAUCUGCAGAUGAUGUUCUACUUGGUGGCCGGGCUCACCUCCAUCCUGCUCGUCCUGAUGGUGAUAUUUUUCCAGGACAAACCACCCACUCCGCCAUCCGCAGCCCAGGAGGCUGCCCAACUCUUGGAAAGUUCCGGAGCGGAGCAAGUCAGCUUCAUGCAGUCGCUGAAGAACCUGAUGACCAACCGGAACUUCAUCUUCCUGCUCCUCUCGUACGGCAUCAAUGUGGGCGUCUUUUACGCCAUUUCCACGCUCCUCAAUCCGGUGGUGCUGAAGUAUUAUCCCGGCCACGAGGUGGACGCCGGACGUAUUGGCCUCAGCAUUGUGCUAGCCGGGAUGCUGGGCUCCGUGGUAUCGGGCAUUGUGCUGGAUAAGACGCACAAGUUCAAGGAAACGACGCUGGCGGUCUACGCGCUGUCCAUGGUGGGCAUGUGGAUCUUCACCUUCACCUUGGACACGGGGCACAUCGCGGUGGUCUACCUGACGGCCUCUCUGCUGGGCUUCUUUAUGACUGGUUACCUGCCGGUGGGCUUCGAGUUCGGCGCCGAGCUGACCUUCCCGGAGCCGGAGGGCACCUCCUCCGGACUGCUGAACGCCUCCGCCCAAACCUUCGGCAUAUGCUUCACGCUCUUCUACUCGGAGCUGUUCACCACGUUUGGCGACAUAGCCGCCAACAUAACCAUGGCCGUGAUGCUGAUUGUGGGCACGAUUAUCACGGCCAUCACCCAGUCGGAUCUGAGGCGCCAGAACGCACAGGUGCCGGCCAGCGGCCAGGCUGGCAAUCCAUAG